AGCUUGUUCCUCACAUUCACUCUUUAGUAGCGAGCGUAGCGAUGGGUGAUCAGAAGUGUGACAGCUGUCCCUGUACGGAUUGCACGUGCAAGAACUGUGAAUGCAAACCUGGAAAUGCGGGCUGCGACCCUUGCGCCGAUUUCCAAAAGAUGGGAAAGAAGCAGGAAUCAAUCUUUACCCUCGUUGUCACCUGCAAGUUCAUUGACGAGGUAGUUGUGGACCGCUUCCUCGAUGCCUUCCGGCCGGUCGCAGAGUAUUGUGACAAGAGUGAACCCACCACGACUACUUAUAAUCUCAUAAGGUACAUGACUGAUCCCAAGGUAUUGAGGGUUGUCGAGCGAUAUACCAACAAAAGUGCAUAUCUGGAUACACAUAAAUCCUCCAAAAAGUUUCAAAGCAUGCGAUCUACACUGCAGAAGAUGCAAGACGCGAACGAGGUCGAAAUUCAAGGUGAAUCAUACUCUGAUACAGAUGUCGGCUACGCUGUGAAGGAGAGUACUCCUACUGUGCCUGGUUUAGAUCAGGUGGUGACUUUAAUGCUUGAUAUUGACUUUAAAACGACAGAGGGAAAAGAUACGGCCGUUGGAGGGCUGAGAUCCUUGAGCGAAUAUGUGCGCAAGAACGAAAAUAACGCUUUAACGUAUAAAUUACUGCAGAGCGACAAGGAUCCACUGCGUGUACUCAUCUGGGAGCGAUAUGCCAGGGAUAUUGAUCUGACCGAAGAACACAACAACAGUGAGCCAUUCAAGGCUACUGGCAAAGUGUUCUCAUCGGUAUCCGAAAAAGACGUCGCAGUGGGGAAGUAUGCGACCACAUGCCUGGGUUACGUCAAACGAUGAUAGCUUUAGAAAUAAAUCUAAUUUGUUCGG